AUAUAAUUGCAUAAUUGCAUUAAAUACCAAAUUAUAUAAGUUUCAAUAAUGCAGACAAACUAUUAUUCUCUAUUUGGCUUAUAUAUUGGAUGUACUACUGCCCAUACAGUUAAACGGAAAAACAUAAAAAAGAGUAAAUGACAGAAGAUAAAUCAAAAUAGAUUCAUAGAAAAAUAAUUCUAACAAAUGUGAAAGUAUUAUGUAUUAUCUAUAAUAAUAAAGUUGGGUUAUGCUCUCACCACAGGCUUCCACGACAUCAAGGAGAGGGGUGCUUUUCGCGACACGUGGCGUCUCGGUAGGGUAUCCGUGUUUUUCACGCUCUCUCUUCCUUCUUGCUCUCACGCUCUCUCUUCCUCCUCGCGCGUGUCUGCGCGGUUGUUCAACCAAAGAGGUUGGGCUUCUGUCAUUAAUUUAGGCCCAAAUGUCAUUAGGUCUUCUUCUUCGUUGUUCUUCUUCUUCCCUACCUCUUUCACAGAAAGUAACGUCCCAAGGAUUUUUUCUAUGACAUUUAUUCUCAGUUUUUCCAUUUAUUAAUCCACUCCUCAUGUAUUAUGAUUACGAUCUACCUCUUCGUUCACCCUGUAACCGCCUCGACCUCCAUCUAUAAAUACCGGCCCUCACUUCCAUUCACAGCACAUCUCAAACAAUUUUCUCAGACAUACGAUCUCCUAGAAGCAACAUAUUCAGAUGGCGAAUUCGUACACUCUGCUUGCCAAUUUGAGAGCCGGCCGAUGCUCUAAUACUGCUGAGGUCCGCCUACUGAGGUUCUGGGAGGCCAGAAAUAUCAACAAAGGAGGGGAGCUGAUGAGUAUUGAGUUGCUGCUCAUCGAUGAGGCUGUGGACAGAUAGUCUCAUCCCUUCCAAUGCUUUCAGCCCCGAAGAUAUGGCCACAGAAGAACCGUGCGACAUUACGUGCAGAUUUUGUGAUGGGCUUCUUGCUAUUCAAGAUUACCCACAAGGGUUCCCGCGACCAGAGAUAUCAACGGAAACGCAAAGAGUUCUGACAAGAGAGACGAUACAGAGAGCAUUUCAUGCUACAGAAGUAGGGUUAGCUUCUCAUUCUCUAAGCUGUGGAGUACAAUGCGAGUUUGGCAACUGUUGGCACUUGCUCUUUUGUUGGUGUGAUAUAUAAUAUAUCAUAUAUCAGAGUCCUCUUUUCAUGACGAGUCUUUGAGAUUAACGGGUUAUCUUAGGAAAGAACGGGAUCUGGUGGGAUCUCUGCUAUUCAGCUGUCGAGUGAACAUAAUGCUAACAAUGAGGAUGUUCGUUUUGAGCUUAAGGACUUGCAUCCUGAUGACCCGCAGAUCGUUGUGUUUAAGCAUGGAGUUGGCGAGUUAAGGGGAUCAUCCAAGUAGUUUCUCAUUCUCUCCAGCACUUGUAUUCUACUGUCAUAGAAGAAUAGGAUUCAAUGCUUAUGGAAAGAUGAUUCAAUGCCUUUCUCUUGAUACUUGGUUGUGGCUCAAGUUCUUGAUUUUGGUUAUAAUUUUGUUGUGAUGGUGCUUCUGCCUUCUCUGUGCUUUUAUGGACAGAGAUAAAUAAAAUUGUUUCUUUGUCUUUA